AUGGCAUAUAAGCAUUAUAUUCUCCGAUUACAAAUAUCUGUGAUAAAAAGAAGAAGAAAGAUUCUGUGUACAAAUUUUAACUUUAUUUCUGAAAAAUUGGGUCGUAAAAAUAAGAAGAUGAGGAAGAAAAAAAAAUUUAUACAAGGCACUAGGCAGAAAACGAUUAUCUCCAUUCAAGUAUUGCAUUAUAUGAGGGGAAUCGAGAGAUUAGAUUUACUCAGAUCGACUGUUCCUGAGAUGCAACUCAAAAAAAAAAAAGCAAAAGCAAAAGAAAUUAACCAAGAAGAUAAGAGCUUUUGCUCACCGGAGUUUGUUCUCAGUACACAGAUCAAAUUCGCUACUUAA